AUGAACAAUUGUGGCCUUUCUCCAACUUCACUGCCUUAUUCCUCUCACUCUCACUUUCUUGAAUUCCUUUCUGAAGAAUUCAAUCGUUUUUUUUUUUUCACUCCAAUAAUGUUCUCUUCACAUUCGAUAUCCCAUUCCACUGUCUUUUUCUUCACUUUACUGCUUCUCUCUUUCACUUUACUGCCUCUCUCUCUCACUUUACUGCUUCUCUCUUUCACUUUACUGCUUCUCUCUCUUUGUAAGUCCAGAUGGUCUGUGAACAGAUGGCCAGCUUUGAAAGAGCAGGCCAAAGUGAAAAAUAAGUCUGCCACGCCGCCUAGUGAUGAACGUGAUGACGAAGUGUCUCCCACUCCACCACACCACACGAUACCAAAAAGGACACGGCGGGGUGGAGUCAGUGCUGAAGUAUACAAGGAAGAGGAUGCUGCAUUAUAUGUUAAAAAGGAUCUUGGCUUGAUUCAUUUCCCAAAAUGUAACAAAUCUCUCCCUCUCCCUCUCUCUUUCCAUCCCUCUCUCUCUCCCUCACCCUCUCUCUUUCCAUCCCUCUCUCUCCCCCCCCCUCACCUCUCUCUCUCCCCUCUCUCUCUCCCUCCCUCUCUCCCUCACCCUCUCUCUCUCCCUCACCCUCUCUCUCUCCCUCACCCUCUCUCCCCUCUCUCUCUCCCUCACCCCUCUCUCUCUCCCCCUCACCUCUCUCUCUCCCUCUCUCCCUCCCCUCUCUCUCCCUCUCUCUCUCCCUCCCUCCCCUCUCUCUCCCUCACCCUCUCUCUCCCUCCCCCCUCUCUCUCUCUCCUCUCCCUCUCUCCCUCUCCUCUCUCCCUCUCUCUCUCUCGCCCUCUCUCUCUCGCCCUCUCUCCCUCCCUCUCUCUCUUUCGCCCUCUCCCCCCGACACACCGUCUCUUGCCCUCUUCCCCUGUCUCCCUCUCUCAACCGUCUUUCUCUCUCUCCCGUCGCCCUCUCUCACUUUUACUCUUUCACUUUCUCUUUUCUGUUCUUUAUCUUUUCUUUCACUCUCUCCUCUCUCUCUAUUUUCUCUCUCUCCUCUCUCUCUUUUCACUCUCUCCUCUCUCUCUUUUCACUCUCUCCUCUCUCUCUCUUUUCUCUCUCUCCUCUCUCUCUUUUCUCUCUCCUCUCUCUCUCUUUUCUCUCUCUCCUCUCUCUCUCUUUUCUCUCUCCUCUCUCUCUCCCCUCUUUUCCUCUCUCUCUCUCUCUCUCUUUUCACUCUCUCCUCUCUCUCUCUCUCUCUCCUCUCUCUCUCUCUUCCUCUCUCCUCUCUCUCUCUUUUCUCUCUCUCUCUCUCUCUUUUCUCUCCUCUCUCUCUUUUCCUCUCUCCUCUCUCUUUUCACUCUCUCCUCUCUCUUUUUUCACUCUCUCCUCUCUCUCUUUUCACUCUCUCCUCUCACUCUCUCCUCUCUCUCCUCUCACUCUCUCCUCUCUCUCUUUUCACUCUCUCCCCAUUCUAUAUAUGAGGAUAUAUAA